CUCUGUAGUCCUCUCUCUCUCUCUCUCUACCUUCUCUCCACCAAAAUCCUACCAUCUCUAUACUCAAUUCUAAAGAUCAGAACCACACUUUUGGCCUCAAAUCAUACAUAGAAGACUGAAUUAAGGACAAGAUACGAAAUACAAGUUUGAGAUUCUUCAGAUUAUAGCUUCAAAUCAUUGAUCCAGCCUUCAGGGAUAAGAGACUAAUUGAUACCGAGUUGAAUAACUAUCUAUUGAUUUAUUUGACCACUGUGUGGUGGAAAAAUCAAGGUGUUUCUGUGUCUUUGAACGGUGAUCUGUUGUCUGAUGAUCCUUUGUUGGUAGCUGGACGACGAUAAUGGGAAAUUUUUUGUGGUUGGUGUGAUUAAAGUUCUUUUAAAGAGAGAUUUUUCAUGGCUAAAUCAUGUGAGAGGUGGAUUGAUGGUCUUCAAUUCUCAUCUCUUUUCUGGCCUCCUCCUCAAGACGUGUUGCAGAGGAAGGCCCAAGUUACAGCUUAUGUGAAGUACUUAGGUCAGUUCACAUCAGAACAAUUUCCUGAUGACAUAGCUGAGCUAAUCCACAACCAUUAUCCGUCCCAGCAAACACGUCUUUUUGAUGAAGUUUUAUCAAUUUUUGUUCUUCAUCAUCCGGAACAUGGACAUUCUGUCAUGCUUCCUAUCAUAUCAUGUAUCAUUGACGGUACGGUGGAAUAUGAUAGGAAUUCUCCUCCAUUUUCUUCGUUCAUAUCCUUAGUUUGCCCAAGUAGUGAGAAUGAAUACUCUGAACAGUGGGCUCUAGCAUGUGGAGAGAUUUUAAGAAUAUUAACUCAUUACAAUCGCCCAAUCUUUAAGGUUGACAACCAAGUUAGUGAAAUAGAUAAAAGGGACAAUGGCUGCAAUGCAACAACAAGUGAUGGUGGUAGAAGUGGUGUAACCAGCUUCUCCACAAAGGAUGAUGUACAGCAAGAGAGAAAACCGUUUCGCCCCUUAUCUCCUUGGAUUACAGACAUAUUGAUUACUGCGCCUCUGGGAAUUAGAAGUGACUAUUUCCGCUGGUGUGGAGGUGUGAUGGGAAAAUAUGCUGCUGGAGAACUCAAGCCUCCUUCAACAUCCGCUUCUCGUGGAUCAGGAAAACAUCCCCAGCUUAUACCAUCAACCCCUAGAUGGGCUGUUGCUAACGGUGCAGGCGUGAUAUUAAGUGUUUGUGAUGAUGAAGUUGCUCGUUACGAGACUGCAACCUUAACAGCGGCUGCUGUUCCUGCACUUCUACUUCCGCCUCCAACAACUCCAAUGGAUGAGCAUCUUGUUGCAGGGUUACCUGCUCUUGAACCAUAUGCAUGCUUGUUCCAUCGGUAUUAUGCAAUUGCUAGUCCAAGUGCCACCCAAAGGCUUCUACUUGGAUUACUAGAAGCACCUCCAUCUUGGGCUCCAGAUGCACUUGACGCCGCUGUACAACUGGUGGAACUUCUAAGAGCUGCAGAAGAUUAUGCAUCUGGAAUGCGGCUUCCAAGGAACUGGAUGCAUUUGCAUUUCUUGCGUGCAAUUGGGACAGCAAUGUCCAUGAGAGGAGGUAUUGCUGCAGAUGCGGCAGCAGCUCUGCUCUUUCGCAUACUUUCACAGCCUGCUUUGCUUUUUCCUCCACUGAGGCAAGUUGAAGGAGUUGAAGUUCAGUAUGAACAUUUGGAUAGCUAUGCCUCAUCCUACAAAAAGCAGAUAGAAGCACCAGAAUCCGAGGCAACUAUUGAAGCAACUGCCCAAGGGAUAGCAUCAAUGCUGUGUGCUCAUGGGCCUGAAGUCGAAUGGAGAAUAUGUACCAUUUGGGAAGCUGCUUAUGGACUUAUUCCUUUAAGUUCUUCAGUUGUUGAUCUUCCCGAAAUCGUGGUUGCAACCCCAUUGCAACCUCCAAUUCUAUCCUGGAACUUGUAUAUACCUCUUCUUAAGGUCUUGGAGUAUCUUCCUCGUGGAAGUCCAUCUGAAGCAUGUCUAAUGAAGAUAUUUGUUGCCACUGUUGAAGCCAUUCUUCAUAGGACAUUCCCAUCAGAGCCUUCUGAAGAAGAGUUUAAGAAAAUUAGACACUUAUUUAGCCUGGGAUCUGCAUCAAAAAAUCUUUCCGUGGCAGAACUUCGUACGAUGAUUCAUUCAUUAUUUCUAGAAUCAUGUGCCUCUGUGGAGUUGGCUUCGCGUUUACUUUUUGUUGUCAUAACUGUGUGCGUCAGCCAUGAUGCUCAAAUCAAUCGAACCAAAAAACAUAAGGAUGAAUACAACUUCCCUCUUAAUGGAUCCAUUGAGGAGUUGCAAAUAGUUUACGAUAAGCAGAAGAAUGCGAGAAUUAAAAAGGCAAGAAAACAAGGUCCUGUGGCCACAUUCGACUCUUAUGUACUUGCAGCUGUUUGUGCUCUUUCCUAUGAACUUCAAUUAUUUCCAUUGAUCUCAAAAGCGAGAUACAAUUUGGAUGCUGUAAAGACGGCAAAGGUUAAUGUUUCUUCAAAUGAGGUAAAAGGUAGUAUAGAAUCUGCUAUUCGUCAUACCCACAGGAUGCUGGCAAUUUUGGAGGCACUUUUUUCACUUAAACCGUCUUCUGUUGGGACAUCAUGGGGUUACAGUUCUAACGAAAUAGUAGCAGCAGCCAUGGUUGCUGCUCAUAUUUCCGAACUCUUCAAACGAUCGAAAACUUGCAUGAGAUCUCUCUCUUUAUUUAUGCGGUGCAAGUGGGAUAGUGAAAUCUAUUCAAGGGCUUCAUCACUUUACAACCUGAUUGAUUUACACAGAAAAACUGUUGCGUCAAUUGCUAACAAAGCCGAACCUUUGGAAGCUAACCUGAUGCAUGCACCAGUCUGGAAAGAUUGUCAUGCUGCUAGUGGAAGAAAGCAGAAUGUGGGAUCGCCUCCGUUAGAACAAAAACAAAUUUCCGAGUCACAUUCAUCAACUGAAGGCUGGGGAAACAGAAUGGGUAAAGGCAUUGCAGCUUUCUUGUUUGAUGCUUCGGAUUUGGCCAAUUUCCUCACCAUGGAUAGACAUAUUGGAAUUAAUUCCAGUGCACAAAUUCUAUUGAGGUCAGUACUGGCUGAGAAACAGGAACUUUGUUUCUCUGUGGUUUCAUUGCUGUGGCACAAAUUGAUUGCUGCCCCUGAAACUCAACCCAGUGCAGAAAGCACUUCGGCACAGCAAGGAUGGAGGCAGGUAGUUGAUGCUUUAUGCAACAUUGUGUCAGCAUCACCUGCAAAAGCUGCUGCGGCCGUGGUUCUCCAGGUAGAUUUUGUUCAACUUGUGAACUAUUUUAAUUGUUUUACCUUACCCGUAUAUGUAAUUCAUGUGUUAAAAUUUUCACUUUUUAAUCGCUUGUAUUUUGAUUGUGUUUGGCAGGCAGAAAGGGAAUUGCAGCCAUGGAUAGCUAAAGAUGAUGAUCAAGGGCAAAAAAUGUGGAGAAUAAAUCAGCGGAUUGUGAAAAUGAUCGCAGAGCUAAUGAGAAAUCACAACAUCCCAGAAUCAUUGGUAAUAUUGUCCAGUGCAUUGGAUCUUCUGCUUAGAGCAACAGACGGGAUGCUUGUGGAUGGAGAAGCAUGCACUUUACCUCAACUGGAGCUUCUGGAAGCAACAGCUAGAGCAAUUCAACCUGUUCUUCAAUGGGGGGAGUCUGGAUUAGCAGUUGCAGAUGGUCUUUCAAAUCUGUUAAAGUGUCGUCUACCAGCUACAAUCCGAUGCCUUUCUCAUCCGAGUGCCCAUGUUCGGGCUCUUAGCAUAUCAGUUCUAAGGGAUAUUUCGCAUUGCGGCACAACAACAAUACAAUCCGAUCCCAAUUAUAUGGAUGUGGUCGGAAGCAACAACAACAACAACAACACUAACUGGCAAGCAUGUAUAGAAAAGUGUUUAACUUGGGAAGCUCACAACCGCGUCACAAACGGAAUGCCCCUUAGGUUUUUGGACACUGCUGCCAAGGAACUAGGAUGUACCAUGUCCAUAUUAUAACUACUUCCAACACACUACCCAUUGCAUUUAUGUUUUUGACAGCAACCAAAAAAUAACUGCCUUAAAAGAUGCAGGUAUCACAGCUAUUUUUUCUUAGAGAAAAUAGUCAUAAGAAGAGAAAAAAAAUGAAAAUUUGUGUAUGAUAGUAGUAAGCCCAACAGCCUUAAUUUUAUAGAUGUGAGAAAUGCAGCAGCUGUCGUUCAGUUUUAUGUAUUUUUUAUGCAUGUAAUUUAUGAUAAAAUUUGUUCUUAUAUCUUGCAUCUUCAAAUUGGGUAAAAUCAGUUUUCUACAUUGUUUUUU